AUUUGACGUCAGAGAGGUCAAAGGUGAAAAGUGAAAGUAAGGCCCCUUCUCGUACCCAGGAUCCUCCGUGCACACGCUGUGUUGUACCAAAGCGCCCUGGGAUCGAGAUUAGAAAGACCAGAUCCAAGAUGGCGGCCGAUUUGAAGACCGUGCUCCAAAAAUAUAAGGACAGAUCCCUCCAAGAUGACGACCUUGAACCAGAGGACAAGGAUGUCUUCCUCGUGUCUGCUCAGAAAUGUCUGGAGAACGGAGAAGACGACUCGGAAAUGUUGCUUCGAGAAGUUUCCAACAAAGCAAAUGAGGGUUUUAUCCGUGAGGUAGGAUGGGACCUCCUGCCUGUGGUCACACCCUUCCUAACAGCUGGGAAAGCAGCAGACACGGUUCAACAGCACUGCAGGGGUGUGCUGGGGGUGUUAGCUGAGGUGUGCAAGCCUAAGGAGUUUGUACUGGGGAUUCUGGAGAAGUUGGAAGGACUGGAAGAUGACAACGUCUUUAAGUCACUUCUGCCUCCAUUACAAAGAGUUCUCCAGAGACUGAGUGGAAAGAGAGCCCACUGCAUCGGUCUGACGCUGACCACCCUCCACUCCCACCUGACCGAGGUCCCCCUCCCCUCCAAGAAGAAGCCCCAGGACCCAGAGGAUGAGUCCUGGAGACAGUUCGGUGUGGACACUCAGGACAAACAUGUGGGGAGACUACUGGACACUACUGAGGCACUGAUGGAGUUUGUCCAACCAUUUGUACAGAUGGCAAAGAAAGACCCCAACGUAGAGGCAGCUAUGAAUAAGGAUGAACUGAAAGACUUGGAGAUACUUAGAAAGGAACUUGUCAAGUUCCUGACAAGACUGUUCAAGUAUCCUCUAGUCUACCUGAACUUGGAGGAACUUCCAGUGAAGGAAGAUGAAAACAAGACUCAGGAGAUGGAAGGGACAGAAGACAAUACUCAGGAGGUCCAGCAGAACAGAUGCAGACUCUGUGCUGCGACCUGUAUGUCAUACUUACAAGUGCUAGACCCAAGCUUCUCCCGACUACUGGACCUGUGCGACCACUACUGUGGGCCUCCCGACAUGCGUGUCAAGAGGAAAACAAAAUCUGCAGACAAACAACAACAACAAGAUGGAGAGGAUGAAGAGGAGAAGACAGAAGAAGAAGAUGAUGGAAAAGAGGAGGCUUCACUACUAGGGCUGUGCUGCUUUAGCUAUCUACUGUUAGUGGAGAACAUAUUCAUAGACAAGAUGCCUGCUGUACUAAGCCAUGAGUUUCUAGGAGCCAUCCAUAUUGUCCUCAUCUGUGAAGUACUGAAGAAACCACACAGACCUGUCAUCCAUAAGGGGUUGGAGUUAACCAAGACACUACUGGGUAACCUGGAACCAUUUUGUCUCAGCUAUGAGAUUCUGGAGCUCCAACCAUUUGCAGUGUUGCCUGAGUCCUUGAUACAUGUCAUGGUGCAAUGCCCUACUAAAUCUCUGAGAAAGUUAGCCCAUGACCUGUUGACAGCUUAUGUAGACAAGUUUGACUGGAGAGGACGGUACAUGUUGCUGAGGGGUCUGAUGGAGAAGACUGGAGGUCAUGCAGGGGUCAUGGGUCUGAUUGUCGGCAAGGUUAAGGACCAGAUAGACGCCUGUCUUAAGGAUGAUCCGCCCAGCGAGUGGUUCACAGGGAACAAACUGAGCGAGCUGCUGAGGAAGAUACUGCACCUCCCUGAUGGGGCCACUACGGACCUGCUGGACAACAGGGAUUGGAUCAUGCCAGCCCUGAAUCUACUGCGGUACCUUGUGAUAAGGGACAAGCCAGAUCAAAACCAGACAGGUGUGUGGACAGACUGGCCUGAAGUGGAGAAGGGUUUCCUCAGACAGCUCAGGACUGGAGUCAACCUGUCCAAGUCUCACUUCCAGGAGGAGCUCAAGAAAACCAGACUCAAGCACAAGAAUGCUAAAAAACCAGAAGUACAGGUCAGCAUUGAGGUGGCAGGAGACAAGAUGCCAGACAUGCCGUAUGAACAACAAAUCAUGGUGUUGGAGAGUUCCAUGCAGAUGUUUAGUGUGAUUGAGAGUCUUCUGGGGAGAAUCACAGAGGUCACAGAGACUUACAGGACCGGUGAGAAGCCCCAGGGAAAGAUCUACAAGCGCGAAACGGACUGGAAGUGUUCGGACCUCCACGCGGCGGAGGACGACCCCAACGCGGUGUACAUGACGUGUCCGUGCUGCGGAGAGAAGACCAAGAUGCCCGACGGCUUCACGCCACCCAAACCUGGCGAGGAACUCAAACAGUUCGACAUCGAACUUGGUCCGCCUGAUGAUGAUUUAAAAUAUUUCUAAGAGGAACCAUA